AGUUAUAUUUCCCCAUCCGCACAUCGAACGUCGCUUGCAACAUGGAUUGUUUUAAAGUUUUCGAAGUUGUAUUUCAAUCGGAAAUCAAUCCCUUACUGCUGAUUCCCGCCGUAGCUACAAUUGCACUUACGUUGUGUUGCUAUUGUUAUCACGGCUAUCAGUGGAUCCGCGAUCGUCGAACAGCUCGCAUCGAGGAGCAGCAAGCCCAGUUGCCACUGCCACUGAGUCGCAUAUCCAUCACGCCCGGAUGCUCAAUGGUGGCCACCACGAAGCUAACGCACAGCCGGAAUAGCGUUGAUAUCUAUUAAAAUCCUAGCUUUGUAGAUAAAUCAUUAAACACUUCAGCGAUGCUUUAAUCUUCAAUCUUUAAACUUAAGAUUAUGCUCAAGACAUAAACGAGUGGCUAUCGAAAGUGAGGAUUUGAACUAGUUUAUUUUUUGGACAGUGCAUCACGAUGACUGACAGUCAAAUUCACUUGUCCUACUUCAUCUGCGGACCGGUCUUCAUAUUGAUGGUAUUCAUGUACUUCUACUACUGGUAUCUGAAUGUCCGCGAGUGUCGUAGAUCGCGGGGGCGUGAAGCCACGCCUACUUUGCCAGACGAUAUCUCUGUGGAACGACUGCAAGUCUAUUGACAAAGUUAAGUUCAUGUGAAUCACUGCACUGCGAGAAGCGUUUUUUUUAAACCUUUGUAAAAAUAAUAAUAAAUGCCAAGCUUUAAAAAAAAAUUGUUUAGUUACGGUAUCUAUUAUAUAAGAUAAUGUUUAAACGAUUUUCUAAUUAAAUAAUCUAUGAAAAAUCAGUUAAUGAUAUUUCUGUGUUAAAUAAAUCUAUAACGACAUAUGAUUAUCGCAAAUAUUAAUAUUUAUAUUAUUAAUUCUUUCCCAGAAAUAAGAUAACGAAAAGUAAAU